AGGACAGGGCCCUUGGAUAACGUGGCCAAGGAGCUCGGAUCCCACUUGCUUCAGACUUUGGAUGGCUUUGUUUUUGUGGUGGCAUCAGAUGGCAAAAUAAUGUACAUCUCAGAAACAGCAUCUGUACACCUUGGCUUAUCUCAGGUGGAGCUUACUGGUAAUAGCAUUUAUGAAUACAUACAUCCUUCCGAUCAUGAUGAGAUGACAGCCGUUCUUACCGCUCACCAACCUCUUCAUCCUCACCUCUUACAAGAAUAUGAAAUUGAGAGAUCAUUUUUCCUGAGAAUGAAGUGUGUCCUAGCCAAGAGGAAUGCAGGACUGACAUGCAGUGGCUACAAGGUGAUCCACUGCAGUGGCUAUUUGAAGAUACGGCAAUACAUGCUCGAUAUGUCUUUGUAUGAUUCCUGUUACCAAAUUGUUGGACUGGUGGCUGUAGGUCAGUCUUUACCUCCCAGUGCCAUCACUGAGAUCAAACUUCACAGUAACAUGUUUAUGUUCAGAGCAAGUUUGGACUUAAAAUUAAUAUUCCUUGAUUCCAGGGUGACUGAAUUAACUGGAUAUGAGCCUCAAGAUCUGAUAGAAAAAACCCUCUAUCACCAUGUCCAUGGUUGUGAUGUGUUCCAUUUACGAUAUGCUCAUCAUCUGUUGUUGGUGAAAGGCCAAGUCACCACCAAGUACUAUCGACUACUGUCCAAGCAUGGCGGCUGGGUUUGGGUACAGAGCUACGCUACUAUUGUGCAUAACAGCCGUUCGUCACGGCCUCACUGCAUAGUGAGUGUCAAUUAUGUCCUUACAGAUAUUGAGUAUAAGGAACUUCAGUUGUCACUGGACCAGGUUACCAUUUCCAAGUCACAGUUUUCAUGCAGAAACUCAGUAUCUACCUCGCAGGAAACAAGAAAAAUAGUAAAACCCAAAAGUAAUAAAAUGAAGGCAAAACUCAGAACAACGCCUUACCCACAGCAGCAAUACAACUCAUUCCAAACAGACAAACUGGAAUGCAGCCAGGUGGGAAACUGGCGAUCCAGCCCUGCAGUGAAUGCUGCCACCAUUCAAGAACAAAACUUCCAUUCAGAAAACAGUGAACUUUUAUAUGCCCCGUCAUAUAGCUUGCCUUUCUCUUACCAUUAUGGACACUUCCCUGUAGAUUCUCAUGUCUUCAGUAGCAAAAAGCAAAUGUUGCCUUCCAAGUUUGGGCAGUCUCAAGGAGCACCUUGUGAAGUGGCUCGAUUCUUCUUGAGUACGCUGCAGACAAAUGGAGAAUGCCAGUGGCAUUAUGCCAACUCCUUGGUACCCAACAGCCAGUCACCAUCCAAAAAUCUUCCUGAUCAGCCUGUGAAUAUCAUCCGACAUAAUCUUGCACAGAGUUAUGAAGUGCCCAUAUCCAACAGAAGAUACAGCCAAGGUGCUCUAUCUGACAGCUUCACAAGCUGCACAGCAACCAUGACAGGCAGCAGAUACAAAGAGGAGAUUUACGAUUCUGGCAUCACGAAACCCAACAAAAUAGAAACCAGGAUUCCGCCCCCUCACCAUCUCAUUAAAGAAGAAAACAAGCUAACUUUUAACAGAGACUUACAAGAAAAAAUAAGCAUUAACGAAAAUACUUUUUCAAAUUCAAUAGCUAACUCCCUGCUGCCAAAAUCAGAAUGUUUCCAGUCUAAAGCUAUAGGACAAUUAAGUCAUCUCCUGCCGAUGCCCUCAGUAUAUGAGCAAACAAGAAGGAUUUGUAUGAAAGAACCCAAAUACGGGCCUAUUAGUCACCACGCUACAAAUCUCAAUGAACUGGACAGCGAUGAGAGAAUGACUGCAAAGCUUGAUCAUGACUCUGAAAGUGAGCGCAUGAUGGAUGUGAGACCCUCCGGACAAGUUCCGUUUGUGCUUCUAAAUUAUCACCACGUUUUAGCCAAACACGGUACGUUUCAAACCUCAUCGUGCACAGCGACAGGACAUGUAGGAGAAAAUUAUGGAUACAAUACCGAAGAAGUAAAUACAUUUAUUUACAAAAACCAAAGCCCCUCAUCAGCUUCUUCUCCGGAAACCCACAAGGAAUCUGCACUACCCCAUUAUAUUGGAACUUCUGUAAUAAUAGCCAAUGGAAGGUGA